AUGCCGGGCUCUUGGUUUUGGGGUGCGCUGGGUAGGUUGGUGUGGCUCUCCUUACUUGCGCCGAGCGCAUUGAUAAUGAUCCUUGUUCCUCCAGCAUCUAUGGCGCAUCCACAACCAUGUCAGAUUCUGAGGAGGAUCGGGCACACGGUGAGAGUCGGAGCUUUGCACCUGCAUCCUCGAGUAUUCAGGCAGGAUCACCUCAGCGGGAGAGACGCGGACUGGGAUGCAGACAGGGAAACGCGGGAAGAGUGGGACACGGUCAUCCAAAGUGUGCACGAACAAGCAUGGAGGGGUAUUAGGACUAAAAGCUCAGCGAAUAACCCCAACAAGGCCUCCAAAAGUAAAACCGCGCUCAAACAAGUGGGCACGGAUGCUGUGUUUCUACCUCGAGACUCUGUUCUACUCGCUACAGAGACUCUCAAUCGAGUGGUGGGGCUUUUACCCUACAACCUCACCCUUGAGAUAGUCAUGGCUGUGGAAGCAGGACUUGGGGAACUACCUGCUUUCUCCUUCUCCUCGUCGUCUACAUCUGCCAGUGGCGAUCCCGUGUCGUUCCUGCAAAGUGUUUGCCACACUGUCAUCGUGCAAGGAGUUUCUGCCAUCAUCGCGUUUCCACAAAACAGGGACGAACUGGUGAAGUUGGAAUUUAUUUCCUCAACGCUACAGAUUCCAGUCAUCAGCGUCGUCCAGAAGGUAUUCAAACGCCAUAGUCAGAACCCACUUCAUUUCCAGAUGGCCAUGCAAAAUCCUCCAACCCCUCAAGUAGAUCUCAUCUUCUCCCUGCUGUCCAUGAACACGUGGUAUGAUGUCAGUCUGGUGAUGUGUCAACAGAUGAACAUUUCAGACUUUGUCUUCUUGCUCCAUAACAGCUCCAAAUUUCAUCUGGGCACAGUUCUCAAAAUAUCCACCAACAGCAGCUCCAAAAGUGACUUUCAAACGUCCCUUCAAGGUCAACUGGAGUCCAUCAAGGACUCAACAUCUACUAUAGUGACCUUUGGAUGUGACAUCAGGGAUAUACGGAGAAUCUUUACCACCAUUGCAAAGUUUGGACUGAGCCUUCCUGAUUACCGCUGGGUUAUAGGAGACUCUCAAAACGUGGAGGAAUUACGGACAGAGGGGCUACCCUUGGGUCUUCUUGCGCAUGGUCGUAUGGCCGAGCCCUCACUGGAUCAUUAUGUCCAGGAUGCUUUGGAGCUGGUGGCACGGGCGGUGGGAUCAGCUGCCGUUGUGUCUCCAGAGUUGGCACUGAUUCCUGGCAUCACAAACUGUAUGGCAAGACUUGAGACUAAAAAUCUUACAUCAGGAACCUUUCUGUCCAGAUACAUGGCCAACACGUUGUUUGAUGGCCUGAGCGGCUACAUCAGUGUUCAAGGGGAAUCUACCAUCAUCUCUGAAAGCCAUCACUUCAUAUGGAAUCUACAGCAUGACCCAAUAGGCAAGCCCAUGUGGACUCGUCUCGGCAACUGGAAGCAAGGCAAAGUGGUUAUGGAUUAUGGUGUUUGGCCUAAUAAGAGACAGUCUCAGCCAGGGGGGGACUGGCGACAUUCCUCACGUCUGCACGUGCGAGUCGUCACCCUGGUAGAACACCCGUUUGUCUUCACCCGAGAUGUUGAUGAAGAAGGUUUGUGCCCGGCUGGCCAGCUGUGCCUUGACCCCCAAACAAACAACACAGCCUUGCUGGAAAGACUUUUUCAGGGUUUGCAAAGUGCCAAUGACACCGUGCCCAUGGAGUUUAAAAAAUGUUGCUAUGGCUAUUGCAUUGAUCUUUUAGAGAAGCUGGCAGAGGACAUGGGGUUUGAGUUUGACCUCUACAUUGUGGGAGAUGGGAAAUACGGAGCUUACAAGAGCGGUCGCUGGUCAGGGCUGGUCGGGGACCUCAUGAGCGGGGCUGCGCAUCUAGCUGUCACUUCCUUCAGCAUCAACUCGGCACGCAGUCAGGUCAUUGACUUCACCAGCCCGUUCUUCUCCACCAGCCUGGGAAUCCUAGUCAGGACUAUGGAUACUGCCGCACCCAUCGGCGCCUUCAUGUGGCCUCUGCACUGGAGUAUGUGGCUGGGAAUAUUUGUGUCUUUACAUCUGACGGCCGUGUUCCUGACCUUGUACGAGUGGAAAAGCCCUUUCGGGAUGACCCCAAGGGGGAGGAACAGGGAGCGUGUCUUUUCUUUCUCAUCUGCGCUAAAUGUUUGCUACUCAAUCUUAUUCGGCCGGACUGCCGCCAUUAAGCCGCCAAAGUGUUGGACCGGCAGAUUCCUCAUGAACCUCUGGGCCAUUUUCUGUUUGUUCUGCCUGUCAACGUACACAGCUAAUCUCGCCGCUGUAAUGGUUGGUGAGAAAACCUACGAGCAACUCUCAGGUAUACAUGAUCCCAAGCUCCACCAUCCAUCUCAAGGUUUCCGCUUUGGAACUGUUCGGGAGAGCAGCGCAGAGGACUACGUGAAAAAAAGCUUUCCAGAAAUGCAUGAAUACAUGAGACGAUACAAUGUCCCUACAACCCCUGAUGGAAUAGAUCAUCUUAAGGAUGAUCCCCAAAAGCUGGAUGCUUUUAUAAUGGACAAAGCACUUUUAGACUAUGAAGUGUCUAUUGAUGCAGACUGCAAAAUGCUGACUGUGGGAAAGCCAUUUGCAAUUGAAGGCUAUGGCAUUGGCCUCAAACAGAACUCUCCUCUGACUUCAAAUAUCUCUGAGUUGGUUAGUCAGUACAAAUCUGAUGGAUUUAUGGACACGCUACAUGAUAAGUGGUACAAGGUGGUACCCUGUGGUAAAAGAAGCUUUGCAGUCACAGAGACUUUACAGAUGGGGAUAAAGCACUUCUCAGGGUUAUUUGUCAUGCUAUGCAUCGGAGUAGCCCUGUCUCUCCUCACCACACUAGGUGAACACAUCGUCCAUCGCUGGCUGAUACCCAGAAUACCGGAGUCGUCACAGUUUAAGUACUGGCUCCACACCAGUCAGAGAUUACAUCGAGCAAUUAACCCGACUUUCAAAGAAGACAAAUUACAGACUGUUGCAAAACCGGAGAAAAGCUGCAAUGUUGGAAACAACCAACAAAUGCCAUGGAACUCUUUGGGAACUUCCAACUGCAACAGGCAAAAACUUUCCAAUCAAGAUGGACAACAAAAUGACCUGGAAUGUUCACACUGUAAAGAACUGCUGUCCCCACCGGAGAAGAGACAGCUUCCAUUACAGGCCACAUCUAACGGAAGAACCGACUUGCUGGGCCUUGCCCAGAACCCAAUAGUACAGGAAUUGACAGAACUGGAAACACAAAUCCAGCUUAUCAAAAAGCAACUGCAGCUUGCCAUGAAGAAGAAAAAAGACCUGGAGCAGUAUCAGAAGACAGAGACUUCCACCGAGGCCUAGACAAGUGGGAACUAUGGCUGGAGUUUUAUGGGUUACGUUGUUCAAAGGCUUGGACCUAUGGGUGAUUAUUUCAAAUGCGGCUCUUAAGGGAAGCAAGACUUUCUCAGCACAUUCUCUGAAGUCGUUUUUUUAAUUUAGUUUUUCUUAUUUUUAUUCCUCAAUGAACUGAAGCUGAAAAAGGGACAGCUGGAGUCAAAUUGGAUAUAAGCAGUGUGUAUUUCUAUAUUCCCAGAAGUUCAUUUCUAAGGAUACCUUGUUUUUAUGUGGGGACAAGAAAAAGACUGUGCGUAACUGCCUAAAGGGAAGACAUUCGUGUGUCAAAAUGACAUUUAUUUAAGGUGUCAAACUGUGAUGUAUGAUAGCGUCUCCUGCAUUUUGAUUCUAAGAAGAAAGCCACGCCAUUGUCUCUGGGAUUGUAACAAGAAAGUGUUAACCUUGAACACACGCUGUUAACCUUGAAUGGUUGUUUCUAUAAAUUAAAAUGCCUUUGAGAUAUAUUUCUGUGAGAUUUAUUUCUUUCAAAUCUUCUAAAAUUAGUUUCAAGUAUCUUUUUUCAAUAUAAUGAAAUAAUUUGGAUGAGAUCUGGUGUGACCAUUAUGGGAAUCAUAAGGAAAUGAAUGGUUCUGGUUUCCAAUUCUGAUUCCAACUAACAUUUCCAGUUCCUUUUUCAAGUUAAGGACGAGAGAGGAUAAGGCCUGGGACAUUUAUGUUGUUGUUUUGUUGUUGUUGUUCUUGUUGUUUAGCCAAGGAUGGUGGGGUGUAUGUGAUGAGCAGGUUGAGGCUGAGAGCCGAGGGAGCGGUUGUUAAUGAGACACACCAGUCUUGAGUCCCACGGAGGAACUCUGGAAGGAUAAAAAGAAAAGAGAUGACAAUAAAGGACGAGAGAGG